UAAACGUCACGUGACUUUUGAGGCAGCUGAUCUGCUGCGGACAUCUUUACGAGUCACGACUUGCUUCCAUUAAUUCAAACCGUCUCUGUGAUUCUUGGGCCCCGGUGGAUCUUUGACAGCCGUGACCAUGGCGCUCAGCGAUGCCGACGUUCAGAAGCAGAUCAAGCACAUGAUGGCCUUCAUUGAGCAGGAGGCCAAUGAGAAGGCAGAAGAAAUAGAUGCCAAGGCAGAGGAAGAGUUCAACAUUGAGAAGGGCCGACUGGUCCAAACCCAGAGGCUGAAGAUAAUGGAGUACUAUGAAAAAAAGGAGAAGCAGAUCGAGCAGCAGAAGAAAAUCCAAAUGUCCAACCUGAUGAACCAGGCUCGACUGAAGGUCCUGAAGGCCCGGGAUGAUAUGAUCUCUGACAUGCUGAACGAGGCCCGCCAACGGCUCGCUAACAUCGCUAAAGACCCAAGCAGGUACUCAGCUCUGAUGGACGGAUUGAUCCUGCAGGGGUUCUAUCAGCUGCUGGAGUCCAAAGUGACGAUUCGCUGCCGUAAACAGGACCUUCCGUUGGUGCAGCAAUCCAUCCAGAAGAACAUCCCCAUUUAUAAAGCAGCUGUGAAGAAGAGCCUGGAGGUYCGCAUCAACCAGGACAACUUCCUGUCCCCAGACGUCUCUGGAGGUAUUGAGAUCUAUAAUGAAGAUGGGAAAAUCAAAGUGUCCAACACCCUGGAGAGUCGACUGGAGCUCAUGGCUCAGCAGAUGAUGCCUGAAAUCCGAGUGGCUCUCUUCGGCGCCAACCCAAACCGCAAGUUCAUGGACUGAGAGCCUCUGCUGUAUUCAAGACAAACACUCCUUUUUUUUCUUCUUUUUUUUUAAAUUCUCAUUGUUUUAUGAAACACACCAUUCCUUCAUCUGUGAAACAAAAAUGCUGACGCAGAAAAGAGUCGUCGUGCGUGUGAUGUGUUGCUGUGCGUUUCUAWGGGGCGUGACCGAAGCUGCAGAUUAACGAUGCAGAUGUGCGUAGAUGUUGCUGCGCAGCUGGUAAAGACUGGUUUUAACUCUGCUGCUCUCAGUUCCCAGUGGGCUUUUGUUUUUUUCAGGGAUUUGGCUGCAUGUUUAACAGGUCGUCGCCUAAUCGGAUCAGUUUACGACACACGGCUUUUGUGCCGCAGCAGUUUCAUGAACCUCUGCAGCACGUUGUAAGCUGCACGGAGCAUUGUGUAGCCAAUCAGUGUCUGCUCCAACCAGUCACAGGCAAACAAACGGUACCCUAGAAACCAAACUGUCCACGGUUCACGACCCUACGGCGUUAAUUUAUUGAUGUUACAUCGAGUUAUUCGUCAUUCCAGAAGGUGCAUUGUAUGUAUAUGAGGUUUUCCAAACUUAAAUUAUAUUUGUGUGCUUGUUUUGUUUUGUUUUAUUUGUGAUUGUACCCCCACUGUAAAUGUAAAAGUAUAUAAAAACAAUCUAAAUGUC